ACAAAAAGAAAGAAGAAAAGAAAAAUCAUUCUAAUCUGAGGGAAAUAAAUAUAUUCAAAGAUGGCAGACAAUGUUUUUGGUAAUCCAAUAACGAACAGUACUCUACAGGCCAUGCCUGAAUAUGAAGGAAAGACAAUAACGCGUCGAGAUAGAGCGUACGUGGCAUUUAAUAUGAAGAACGCUCAAAAUAAAGAUAGAAGUGCCCGAGACCAUGUAGAAAAAUUGAGGGAAGAAUGGGGACACGGAGUUGCUACUCUUUGCUUAAUUUACAAUGCUACUGGUGAUACCAUAACAUUCGUUUGCGAACAUAGUUGGCAUGGUCAUAUUGGGUCUGGUCCUUACCCAAGUGAGAUUGCAAAUGGUCAGUGGGGUGCAUUUCUUCAUGUCAAAACUGCUGUCGUACCAUCAGGCUCUGCUGGGGCUUGUGUAUAUCGUGGUCUAAAUAACUAUGGUGAAGUAUGUGAUUGGAUGGUAGCAUGGUCUAAUCCAUAUUAUCGACUAUUUGCAGACAACACGGCAUAUACUGAGAUCCGUGAAAAGGGACAUUAUGAAGCACAUGACCAUUGGGAAUACAUCUUCGACUUAUUAAACAACUCGAGUCUUAUUCAUAGUGACGAAUGGAACAAAUGUCAAUCAAAAGUGUCUACAGGAAAUGAUACAAAUCCCAUAUUUGAAGGAAUCCUCACUCUCUCAAACCGUUGAUGGAGUCUCAAUCAUUUUGUGCACCCAUUAAAAAGAUGCUCGUUGUGUAAUACUAAACCUACAACUAUCACCAUAAAUAAUGGCCCCUUUUAAACCCCUUAAUGAAUAAAUCUAUUACUACCAA